AUGAUUCAUACAGACCUACCAGAUUGGUCAAUAAGAUUAAGAAAUCAUAAUAUAUCAGGCUUAACAUUCUUUUCUUAUAUCCUUGAUUGGUUGAUAUAUAUUUCUAUCCUCCUCACAUUCAUCAUAUUUGGUACCACUGCUCCUCCACGCUACCAUGAGUUUCUGAUUAAUGAUAUCAGCUUAAUGUACAGUUAUAAACCAGAAGAUGAAACUGCUGUUCCUUUAGUACCAUUGAUAUUAAUAGCUGUGGGUAUUCCCAUCAUUCAGUUUAUUGUAUGUUCAUUAAUAAAUAAUCAUACUUUAUCAAAAUCAAGACAGUUUUGGGAUAUAUAUAUUGGAUUAAUGUGUUUAUGUGGUGGUAUGGCGAUUCAAUUAAUGUUUACUGUUAUUUUAAAGAAUAUUUGUGGAUUGCCAAGACCUGAUUUAUUAUCCCGAUGUCAACCAAAUCUUACCACUGAACCUCCAUUACAAUUGGCUACUGUGACCAUAUGUUCUAAUCCCAAUAUCAAUUUAAUUCAAGAAGGAUUUAGAUCAUUCCCAAGUGGUCAUCUGUCAACCGUAUUUUGUGGUAUGGUUAUCUCAAGUUUAAAUAUUGCCGGUAAGUUGCAAGUUUUUGAUAAACGUGGAAUAUCAUUUAAAGUUAUAUUAGCUAUUUUCCCAAUUAUGAUAGCUUGUUUUGUUUCAUGUACGAGAAUCAGUGAUAAUCGUCAUUUUUUAAGAGAUGUUAUUGGAGGUUCAAUUAUUGGAACUGCUGUAGCGGUAUGGUUUUACUCCCAAUAUUUCCCCAGUAUAUUUGAUUUAGAAAAUUGUGGUAGAGCUUAUCCUCCUCGAAGACUUGGAGUAGCUAAUUUUCUUAAUAAUGUGGGAGGAUUUUGGAAAAUUAAAGAUAUAUUACCAGGAUCAUUUAAUGAAAGAGUAUUAAAUUCAGUUGAUGUUAUUAAACAAGUGGAAGAAAUAACUCCUAUUGAUAUUGAUAUUAAUAAUGAUAUCGAUGAUAAUUUGAAUUCAUAUGUUGAAAUACCCAAGAAUAUUCAAUUAUUUAAUAAGUUAAAGAUUGAUUUAAAAGAUAGAUAUUUUAAUUUUAAUAAACAUUUAGAUUUACCAUUGUAUUUUCAGAUUGUGUGUAUAUUAAUUUCUUUAUUUAAUCUACUCUAUAAAAUAUUCCUAGCUUGUUUUCUAGCUGAUCUAAGUUUCCCCUUGGUAUCUUCCACUUCACUAUUAAAUUGA